CUUCUCCAUUAUUUGUGACAGUCUUUUUCUAACAAACUGUUCCCAAAGAAUUACUCUACCAGUGAUUGUCACAGUUAAGCAACACUCUUUUUAGCUUUCCCAAUCACUAUUGCACUGGAUUUUAGAUAUAAAUUGACCAUAACAUCAUUUAUUAAAGAGGCUUUAAACUUCCAUUUAUUUCCUUUUUUAAAAUGUUUAAUUCUUUCACAUAUAAAAAUAACCCAACAAACCUUAUGAUUAGUAAUAAUAGUCUAAACUUAAAGAAAUGAAGAAUGUGAUAUAGAUUCUCUUAUAUAAACAGGGCAGUCAAUUGAAAAUAGUAAUUUUCUGGUUUUUUUGUAAUGAUAGCUAUCUAUCUAGUCCACCCAGUAUCUGAAAAAAAUCCUGCACCGCCUCCAGGGUAAGCCCUACCCCUUUUGGAGGAGUUUGGUUGUUAGAAAGUUUUUCCUCGAAUCUCUGCUCAUUGUUUCUAGUUGUGGUGCCUUCUGGGGCCAAGCAAAACAAGUAUAAUUCCAUUUCCAUAUGACAGCCUUUCAGAUACUAGAAGACAACUGUCAUGUUCUUUCCCAGUCCAUUCUGUCUAAAACUCAGUUCUUUUAACCAUUUCUCAUGUGGCUUGAACUGAGAGCACUCUUCUUCAUCCUACUUGAAUUCUCCAGCUUAGGUCCCUCCAAAAUGUGGAGCCUUUUGUUUGCUUUGCUGGGAAGAAGGGAAGCCCCUGAAGCCCUUAAAAGUGAUCAGGCAGGGAAAUAAAAUGGUCAAAGCAAUUUUGUAUGAAGAUUAAGGACUGUUAAUAGGAAUUGGGAAUCUGUCUCCCUUCCCUCUCUCUUUAUUUGUUGUUGUCCUCUCUCCCUCCCUCCUUCUCUCUCUUCUGUCUCUGUCUCUCUGUCUGACACUCUUUGUCUCUGCUUGUCUCUCUCUCUUUCUCUCUUGCUCUGUCUCUGUCUCCCUUCCUCUCUCCCUUUCUGUCUUUCUCUCUGUGUCUCUCUGUCUCUUUCCCCCACACACACACAUACGCGCGCGCGCACACACACACACGAAGAAAGGGAGAGAAAGAAGGAUGGAAAGAAAUGGGUCGAAGAGAAAGAAGGAGAGAAAAGCAGGAAAGAGGAAGGGAGAAAAGAGAAAAAAAAUGAACAGAGAGAGGAGGAGAAGGAAGGGAAGAGAGAAAAGGAAUGUAGGAGGAUAGGAAGAGGGAGAGAAAGGGAAAGAAAGGAAAAGAGAAAUUGUAAUCUUCUAGGUGGGAGAUGAUAAAGAUCUGAACUAUAGUCAUGGUACAGGCAAUAUUAAGGGAAUAAAUUCAAGAGAUUUUAAAGUUAAAUAGACAGAACUUGGUGAUUAAUUGGAUAUUAGGGAUCAAGGGAGUAGGAGUCAGAAGUUUCCUUAUAUAUUUCCAGUAUGGAUGAUAGAAGAAUGACAUAAUUAGCACAAUGAGGAAUACCUGGUUUUAGACAUGUGGAGCUGGUAUUUGGGGCUUCUUAGAGCUCAGGAAUAAGUUUAGGACUAGAGAUGAUGAGUUUGGUGUGGUCAUCUUUGGGGAGAGGAUAUUUAAAAUUAUAAUUAUUUGUGACCUUUAAAGAAAAUGGGGAGGAACAGAAAAAAGAGGAGUAAAGAAUGAAUCUUGUCAAAUGGCCACAUUUAUAGAGAUGGGUGGAAGAAGAGAGAACAUAAAGAGACAUAGGAGAUAUAGAUUAUAUACUAUCCAGGGACAACAAUUUAAAUAUGGCCUCAUAGUCAAGAAUGAAAUCAGCGUGAAAGAAUGACAAAGAAAUAACCACUGAAUUUGGUGAUAAGGAAGUUAUUGAUCACCUUAGAAAGACCUGUUUUGCUAGACUAGUAAAAGCAAAGGCCUCUUAGCUUGGGAUAAUAAAGAAGAGACUGGGUAGAUGAAUCAGAAGAAGUCAGAGUUGACCUUUUAGCAAGAAAAAAGGAUGACAGUGGACAGCAGUAGUAUAAUCAAUUGAAGUUUGUUAUGGAUUAGAUUUUUUUUUAAUCCUCAAUAGAGGAAGACCUCUGUCUUUAAAUCAUAGGAUUUUUGAAAAUAAAGCUAUUAGUUUAAGCAUGCUAACCUGGCCCAGUGGCUAUAGUGCUGGCCUAGGGACACAUGAUCUGGAUCCAAGAUUUAUCUCAGUCAAAUACAGAUUGUGUGACUCUUGGUGCACUAGGCAACUCUUUAAGACUAUAAUUUGCAGAGAAGGUGCCAGUUAACAUUGGUAAAAGGAUUUCUUUAUUUUGUUGUUCCCUAUACCAUUGAGAUAAUAAAUCUAUCCUGUAUCCCCCAGCUUUUUAAACUCUGGUUCAAGACCCCAUAUGGGUCUCAUAACUGAAUGUGGGAGGAUGCAAAAUCAUGAUUUAUUAUCAGUAAAUGUUUUAUUUGUAUACCUAUAUAUCUGGAGUCACAUAAAAAUUUCUUGGGCAAAAAGGGAUUGAAAGUGGAAAAUGUUUAAGAAAUCCUGCUGUGAGGGCAUCUAGGUGGCGCAAAGGAUAGAGCAUUAGCCCUGAAGUCAGAAGGACCAGAGUUCAAAUGUGAUCGCAGACACUUAACAUUUCCUAGCUGUGUGACCCUGCACAAGUCACAUAACCCCAAUUGCCUCAACCAAAAAAAAAAAGAAAAAGAAAAAAGAAAUCCUGCUGCAUCCCCUUAUUAAGACUUUAGCGAGUGAGGAGAACAUCCAAGUAUUUUCAUUUUAUACAUGAGCAAAGUAAGGUCCAAAUUAAGUAACUUGCCCAGGAUCUCACAAAGUCCCCUAAUUCCAUGGAUUUGCUAUGAUUUAUGGGCUAACCAAAUUCUGGACUUUUUCUAAUUUGAUAUCUCUUUUUUUUUAAAAAACAUUUUCCUUUUUUAAAAAUUUUAUUAAAGCUUUGAAUUUACAAAACAUAUGCAUGGGUAAUUUUUCAAUAUUGACCCUUGCAAAACCUUCUGUUCCAAUUAUCCCCUCAUUUCCCUUACCCCUUCUCCUAGAUGGCAGGUAGUCCAAUACAUGUUAAAUAUGUUAAAAUAUAUGUUAAAUCCAAUAUAUGUACACAUAGUUAUAGUUAUCUUGCUGAACAAAAAAAAAAUUGAAUUAAGAAGAGAAAAAAAAAAUAGAAGGAAAUCAAAAUGCAAGCUAACAACUACAGAAAGAGUGAGAAUGCUAUGUUGGGAUCCACACUCAGUUCCCACAGUCCUCUCUCUGGGUGUAGAUGGCUCUCUUCAUCACUGAACAAUUGGAACUGGUUUGAAGCAUCUCAUUAUUGAAAAGAGUCCCUCCAUCAGAACUGAUCAUCGUGGUUGCCAUGGACAAUGAUCUCCUGGUUCUGGUCAUUUCACUUAGCAUCAGUUCAUGUACAUCUCUCCCAAAAUUUCUGAAAUCAUCCUGCUAGUUGAAAAACAGCUUUUCUUAAAUCUAUUUCAUCGCCAAACUAAGCUGAACUACAGCAAUAUCUUCCUAAUUUGUCUCCCUGGUUUCAGUGUUUUCCCUUCUUCAGUCUGUCCUUCACAGAAUUAUUAAGCAAAAUAAUUUUCCCAAAGCAUUGGUCAAACUGUAUUUGGGUUCUAAAAUCAGAGGAAGCCAAACUUUCUUCAGCUUAUUUGAUAUUGCCUGCUUUUCACGCUGUAUCCUUAUACCUCUUGCCCUUUCCUUUCCAGAAAUCUCUCCGGUAAGACAAUUUUUAAGAGAGUAAUAAAAAAGUCAGUAAACACAAUUAACAAUAUCUAGCAGUGUUGCUAGCAACACCUAGCAGUGUUGCACAUCUGGAAGCUUCCAGGUGAGAUCUCUCAAAACUCUUCUUUGAAAUCAAACUUGGUCCACCUAGACUCAAAAUCUGAUAAAUUUAUCAACAUAACAUAAAAUGCAUGUUUAUAUCAAUAAUAUUGGCUCAUAUUUAUUUAGUUUUAAUGAUACAUGCCCAUUUGCUACUAAAUUAAUCCAAGCAGGGAAGAGAAAUUGCUGAUUGCUAUAGGUGGGAAAUCUGAACUGAUAGAUGUAGACCUAAUCUUAUCACUAAGAGUUCUCCACUCAUAGGCAAAUCACUUAAUUUUUCCCUGACUCAGUUGCCUCAUUUAUCCAAAAACAAAAAAAAACCCAAACCGAAUGCAUUUUUCUCAGUGUUUUUGUGAGCUCCAACCCCCAAAAUGAUUAAUUGAAAUCAAUUGAAUAUCAGUUGAAAAAUUUUAAUUGCAUUUGAAUGUAAAUUAUUAUUGGUGUUCCCCGUUCAUGCUCAGAAGCCAAAGCGUUAUUAUGACCAGUUUUAAAUUCGAAGGGUGAAAAGGGGGCAACAUACACUUUUCAGUGACAUUUUGUGAAAUUCUCCAUAAGGUUGUUUCAGGUGUGUUGCAAUUUUGUUAAAAUAGAAAAUCAUCUUUUUUAGAAAAAUUGAAAAAAAAAAACCAAUAAUGUUCAUUACAUAGAAUUGAUCAUAUAUGUAAUUGUGUGUGAUGUGUGUCGCCCCAGAGUUUCACAAAUUACUGCUUGCUCCCUGUUGGAGGCUUUUUUUUUGGCUUGUGUGUACAAGGGUCCUCUAUUUCAAUGUUUUGACCAAGUAGCGAUAAGCAAAAAAAAAAAAAAAAAAAAAACCCGAGCCAUCAGAAGAGAGACUCUUGUUUUUCUUAAAUCAUCUUUUGAGUUGGCCUUUUUUUAACUCAGUUUUUUUGUUUUUGUUUUUUAAAUUGGCUAGUUUUCCUUAGGGUUAAAUUGUUAGCGGAAAGAGGCUCUGCUCUGCACCCGGGACGAUCUGCGGGCUUCGGCAGAGGAAGCAGGCCGGCAUUAGGACCCAGGGGGAUCCUCGGAGCGGAUCUUAGGGCCAGAUUGCAAAUUCGCCGUGACUCAGUCUGGUCGGCUCCGUGCACACAGCAACAGCGGCCGCGGCAGCAGUAGCAGCAACACCAGCACCAGAAGAAGCAAGCAGCAGCAAAAGCAGCAGCAGCAGCAGACCUUGGCGGCCCUGCUGCUGGCAACUGUUAGGUUCGCUCUCCCGUUCCAAAGGCUCCAAAUCCUGCAAUCCAGCAAACCAAGAUGGAGUAUGAGUGGAAACCCGACGAGCAAGGGCUUCAGCAAAUCCUGCAGCUGCUCAAAGAGUCCCAGUCUCCGGACACCUCCACCCAGAGAACCGUGCAACAAAAACUGGAACAACUCAACCAAUACCCUGAUUUUAACAACUACCUGAUUUUUGUUCUUACAAAAUUAAAAUCUGAAGAUGAACCCACGAGGUCUUUGAGUGGUCUCAUUCUGAAGAAUAAUGUGAAAGCACACUUUCACAACUUUCCAAAUGGAGUAACAGAUUUUAUUAAGAGUGAAUGUCUGAAUAAUAUUGGUGACUCCUCCCCUCUAAUCAGAGCCACUGUGGGUAUUCUGAUUACAACCAUUGCCUCCAAGGGAGAAUUACAGAACUGGCCUGAGCUCUUGCCAAAGCUCUGUAGCUUGUUGGAUUCUGAAGAUUAUAAUACGUGUGAAGGAGCAUUUGGAGCCCUUCAGAAAAUAUGUGAAGAUUCUGCUGAAAUUUUAGAUAGUGAUGUUUUAGACCGUCCACUUAACAUCAUGAUUCCUAAAUUUUUACAGUUCUUCAAGCAUAGUAGUCCCAAAAUAAGGUCUCAUGCUGUUGCAUGUGUCAAUCAAUUUAUCAUCAGUAGAACCCAAGCUCUGAUGUUACACAUUGAUUCUUUUAUUGAGAAUCUCUUUGCUUUGGCUGGUGAUGAAGAGCCAGAGGUACGUAAAAAUGUGUGUCGGGCUCUCGUGAUGCUACUUGAAGUCCGAAUGGAUCGCCUGCUUCCUCAUAUGCAUAAUAUAGUUGAGUACAUGCUUCAGAGGACCCAAGACCAAGAUGAAAAUGUGGCUUUGGAAGCUUGUGAAUUUUGGCUCACUUUGGCUGAACAACCAAUCUGCAAAGAUGUACUCUGUCGACAUCUUUCUAAGUUGAUUCCUGUGUUAGUAAAUGGCAUGAAGUACUCAGAAAUAGAUAUCAUUCUGCUUAAGGGUGAUGUUGAAGAAGAUGAAGCUAUUCCUGAUAGUGAACAAGAUAUAAGGCCUCGUUUUCAUCGAUCACGGACAGUGGCUCAGCAGCAUGAUGAAGAUGGAAUUGAAGAAGAGGAAGAUGAUGAUGAUGAACUUGAUGAUGAUGAUACAAUAUCUGACUGGAAUCUAAGAAAGUGUUCUGCUGCUGCUCUAGAUGUCCUGGCAAAUGUGUUUCGUGAUGAACUUUUGCCACAUAUUUUGCCCCUCUUGAAGGAACUACUUUUUCAUCCUGAAUGGGUAGUUAAAGAAUCAGGCAUUUUAGUUUUAGGAGCAAUUGCUGAAGGUUGUAUGCAGGGUAUGAUACCAUAUCUGCCUGAACUCAUCCCUCACCUUAUUCAGUGCCUCUCUGAUAAAAAGGCUCUUGUACGUUCCAUUACAUGCUGGACUCUUAGCCGCUAUGCACACUGGGUAGUUAGCCAGCCCCCAGACACGUACUUGAAGCCAUUAAUGACAGAAUUACUUAAACGUAUUCUAGAUAGCAACAAGAGAGUACAAGAAGCUGCCUGCAGUGCCUUUGCUACCCUGGAAGAGGAGGCUUGUACAGAACUUGUUCCCUACCUUGCUUAUAUACUUGACACCCUGGUCUUCGCAUUUAGUAAAUACCAGCAUAAGAAUCUGCUCAUUCUUUAUGAUGCCAUAGGAACAUUAGCAGAUUCUGUAGGGCAUCAUUUAAAUAAACCGGAAUAUAUACAGAUGCUAAUGCCUCCACUAAUUCAGAAAUGGAACAUGCUAAAAGAUGAAGAUAAAGAUCUCUUCCCUUUACUUGAGUGCCUGUCAUCGGUUGCCACGGCCCUGCAGUCUGGCUUCCUUCCAUACUGUGAACCUGUGUAUCAGCGUUGUGUGAACCUUGUCCAGAAGACUCUUGCACAAGCCAUGUUACACAAUGCUCAACCCGAUCAAUAUGAGGCUCCUGAUAAAGAUUUCAUGAUUGUGGCUCUUGAUUUACUCAGUGGCCUAGCUGAGGGACUUGGAGGCAACAUUGAACAACUAGUAGCUCGAAGUAACAUUCUAACACUGAUGUACCAGUGCAUGCAGGAUAAAAUGCCAGAAGUUCGACAGAGUUCCUUUGCUUUAUUAGGUGACCUGACAAAGGCAUGCUUUCAACAUGUUAAACCUUGCAUAGCUGAUUUCAUGCCAAUAUUGGGAACCAACCUAAAUCCAGAAUUUAUUUCAGUCUGCAACAAUGCUACAUGGGCAAUUGGAGAAAUCUCCAUUCAAAUGGGUAUAGAGAUGCAGCCUUAUAUUCCAAUGGUGUUGCACCAACUUGUAGAAAUCAUUAACAGACCCAACACACCAAAGACGUUGUUAGAGAAUACAGCAAUAACAAUUGGUCGUCUUGGUUACGUUUGUCCUCAAGAGGUGGCCCCCAUGCUACAGCAGUUUAUAAGACCCUGGUGUACCUCUCUGAGGAAUAUAAGGGACAAUGAGGAAAAGGAUUCAGCAUUUCGUGGGAUUUGUACUAUGAUCAGUGUCAACCCCAGUGGAGUAAUCCAAGAUUUUAUAUUUUUUUGUGAUGCUGUUGCGUCGUGGAUUAGUCCAAAAGAUGAUCUCAGAGACAUGUUCUGUAAGAUCCUUCAUGGAUUUAAAAAUCAAGUUGGGGAUGAAAAUUGGAGACGUUUCUCUGACCAGUUUCCUCUUCCAUUAAAAGAGCGUCUUGCAGCUUACUAUGGAGUUUAAUCUCAUGCACUUAGGCUGCAGUCCCAUGAUUAGGGGUCCUUCAGUCUUGGGAGACUAUGAGGGAGCCUCUGCACCCAGGGAAAAUGUUACCCUUUACAGGGGGGAAGGGUAAACCAGUAGGGAAUACAGUACAAUCCCAACCCUACUGGGAGGGGCGGGAGGGAGGUGUUGCCGUCACUGUAUUAAGUCGAUGUUGGGAAACGUUUUAACAUCUGGAGCCUUUGUGGGUGGAAAUCUGUCUCCUAUUACAACUCCGCACUGGAUGUGAAGAAGCAAAAAAAAGAGAAAUCUAUUCACAAAACAGCACAUUCUGAAAUAUUAUGGGGAAUUGUACCAAAACAAGAACCAUAUAAUUGAACCAUAGGGAUAAGAAAGAGAGGAAAAAUUCUUUAGCGCACAAUAAAGGAAACCUAAGAAUGGGGGUUACAAACAGUAAAGAGGCUUUUUUUUAUUUUUUUAAUUUAAUAUAAGGGUUUUCUACAUAAUUUUCCCAGUUGAUGGGAUUUCUAGUUAUUUGCAUGUUAAUGAAGAACUACACAAAUGAAGUUAGUACAGUUAAAAUGGAGCUUGCUACCCAUAGUAGAAGCAGGUUCCUUUGAGUUAAAAUUUAGGUACCCCAAAAGAAGUUGGAAAUAAAAAAAAGACAAAACAAAAUGAAGCGCCCUGUGAAAUGCCAAAUGAGUCGCUCCUUUCACCUUUUGGGGGAUGGGGGUGGGAGAAAUGGGGGAGGGGCAUAUCAAACUAAAGAUUGACAUCUUAAUUUUACAUUUUAAAACAUUAAUGUAGUGAAUAUAAUUUGACGGUUGUACUUCAUUAGAUUUAAUUUUUAGACCAAGGCAUUAUUAUUAAUGUGCAGUUUAAGGUUCAGGCAUGCAUUCUGGCUCAUAGUGAUUGAAAGUAAUUUAAAUUAGUGGGAAAGUAGCAUGCUUGCAUCACUUAGAGUGAGAUUGGUAUUCAUUUACCUAUGUUGCGCCAGUUUGUGUUGCAGUUUACCAAUUCAAUAUAGCCCUGCAUUGAAAAUUCCUUUAAGAUUCUGUGGAUUUUAUUUUUAUUAAGACUAUAGAUAUAAAGUACUGUAGUUUACAGUUAGGCCUUGAAAUAUCUUUUUAGGAUCUGUUAGGAAUAAGAUUGAUAUUGUAUUGUGUGUAACCUGCACAAUGUGGAAAGCUGAUAUACCUGUGCAAAACCCUUGCCUCUGUGCUGUCAGUGUGAUGUGCUUUCUGCAUGGUUAUAUACUACUAGUGAUUUUAUCAAAACUUCUAAAACUAAGUUUCAUGGUAAAAGAUCUGUAAAGGCUGCAUAAAUGUUAGUUGGCACGUCAAGACAAUUGUAGAAGUUGAUGACAUGAUUGCUAUAUUUCAGUGUUUAUUCCCACUCAACAUAUACCUUCUAAGCUUUCUUUUUUGUUCAAAGCAUGAUCUUAAAGAGAUGUUUAAGUUAUGGAUGUAAUGCAGGGUCCCUGCACUGUAUGGCGCAUGUUGGUGGCCCUCUGUGCCCUAAGUACAUGCACAAGGGGCGAGUUAAAAGCGACAGAGUGAAAGAUGGUUUGGAUCCUCUUCAUUUCAUUUGUUUAGCUUUUCUGUUGUUUUCUCUACUUACAUGUAUUCCUGUGAAUAAAUCCUUGUUAAGUUAACCCUUUACUUUUCCUUCCAUGUGUAUUUUCUUAUAUACUGUGAAUGUGAAAAAUCUAACUGGUACACUUGAUCUUGUGUCCACAUGAAAGUGCAAGUCUUUAUUAAUUUAGAUUGCCUGAACAGUGUAUCCCAUGAUGAUGAAGGAAAAUGGAGAGAUUUCUUUUAACUCUGCUGGUCAGAGAUGAAGCCACACCUUUCCAUUUUUCAAAUGCUGCAUAAUUAAUCUGCAACAAAAACGUUAAGCCAUAACAGCCUUUUUGUAUUUUUAGUUUCUCACUUUUGCAUUGCAGAAUGAAUACUGGAUAACAGUUUUUAUAAGAAAUUGCUCCUCUUUGCAUGGUUCUAUUCUUUAAGGGUAUUGAAUGAUACAGCCAUUGCACUGAAGUUUUGAGCUGUGUGUGUGAAUUUAUAAAUGCUGUUUCAAAAUAGUUUCAAGUGCAUGAUAGCAUGCAGCAAAUUUUUUACACAUUCCUUUCCCCUUCCUCUACCCACUUCACCUUGGCUUUGCAAAUUUCAGUAAAUGAUGUGCUUUUGGAGUCUGUGGUGCACAAACUCAAUGAAGUAAAUUCAGUAAUGCCACAUAGAGCACCUUAUUUCUUUUAAUUAUAAAAUCAUAAAGGCACAUCACUUUUUUUUUUUUUUUUUUUGCUUUCAAAUUCCAUCGCUUCAUUCAAAGCUCUUAAAUUUUGCUUCCUAGUUAAUCUCUCAACUUUCUAAAUUGGGUCACUAUUUUAUUAAAUGAUAACCUAAGUGCUACAAAUUACUUUUAAAAGUUUGGUAAGGGAAACACCUUAGAUACAGACUUAAUUAUUUUUAUAAGAUAGGUAUUGGUUAAGCAUUUCAGAUAGAAAUGACAAAUUCACUCCAAACAUAGAAACUAAAACUGGUCUUUUAUAUAUCUCUACAGAUAUACACAUGUAUGUAUCUGUAGAGAUAGAUAUGUAUGUAAUUCAGUGUUAUUUGGACCUGUAUUUCAUUGUGACAAUUAUGUGUUGAUUAAAACCAACACUGUCACUUGUUAGAUUAGACCAUAGAUUCACUUGUACAAGUGUUUACCAUAUUUAUAGGGAUAUUUAGAAUUGUGCCCAUUAAGGGCUAUCAAUUUGGCCUCAGAAGUAAGAAAAGAAUAUUUUUUAAAAAAGCUAAAAUAGGACUAGCCAUCAUUUGAGACAUUCUCUUGAGGAGGUCCUUUUACUACUAUAUAUAAUUAAACCAUAUUUCUAAUACGUAGUAUAACAGAGAUUUGCAGAAGCCAUUUAAGUUUUAGUUUGAAGUAAGAUCCAUUCUGAUUCAGCAUUAAUAGUUGUGAUUCAAAUUAUUGCAUCAUGGGAUAUAUAGCAUCUUCUUGUGGUGUAGUCUUGACAGUUUUUGAAUGUUGACUGAAUGUUCAUGGAAUUGUGAGUUUGUCUUUGUUACAUUCCAGUGUUUCUGCCUCUUGGCAUGCUAAAAGCACGGCUUACUUCAUCUGCUCCUUACACACUGAAUAAAGUGCUGUUAGUGUGCUCAACUACAGAAAUAGCCGCUGCUAGGUGAUGUAGAUUUUCUACUUGAAUAUUUUUAUGUUGUAGGAACCUCAGGAGGUCAGUGUUUACUGUUUUUAUAUAUGCCUUCUUUUUCCUGUUUGAGCUUCCCUCUUUGAAGGAUUCUAACAGUGAACAAAAGCUGCUGAUCAACCUAAGUUGGUAACAGAAAGUGUAUUUAAUAUAAUUUAAAUGCAUCUUUUGGCAGUUCCAAGUAAAAAUUAAAAUAGUACAUGAACUUAAUGCCACAGGUUUUCAUUUAUGUAUUCAGGAAAAUAGUCUGCUUUUCAUAUUGUCUAAUCUCUAAUGACUUCAUACUGUGUAAAAAUCAUUUUGUACAUUUUCUAGUUGGUUAUUUUCAAAAUAAUCAAUGUGUAAAUAAUAAUACUUUUAAGAGCCAGUUCUGAUGCUUUAGAUUAUUGCUACUUGAUUUUGAUGGAUAUGUUAAGACAUCAUUUAAGAGUGGAAACUAAAAAGCUUAGUUAAGCCAUUGCAUCUUUAAAAGAAAAAAUCAAGUAGCAUUCAUUUUGUAAUUAACAUUGAUAGACACUGUGAUUUUUUUUUGUUAAAGACUCUUACUUUUUGCAUUGUUCUGAAGUAAAUUGCAUAUACUGUAAAAUAGAAUCAAAUGUAUAUUUUAAAAUUUCAACUGGCUUUCCUUAAUUGAAACUCUUUGCAUACUCAGUAACGAAAUAUUCAGAUACCAGUUUUAUCUCAGGUGAAUAAAUUCUUGUACCCUUUUUUUGGUUGGGGGGCACAUGCUUGUUAAACUCAUUAUACAUGUUUUUUAUGUAUUUCAUAGAGGAACUUCUAUUUAGCCCAAUUUUCCUACCCAGUUAUUAGCACCUGGGGUUGUGUAAAACCUUUAUAGGGAAACUAUCUGCAGGUUUACCUCGAAGUGGGAGGAUUUGGCUCCCCCAUCUCUUAUCACCCCUUUCCCCCACCUACACAUUCAAGAAUAGGUAAAUGGAAGAUUUUUUUCCCUUAAAGUUGUUCAGAAAACAUCAUUGCAAGCUGCAUAGCUGAAAUGGGAUAAUUGGGCUGAUAAAAUCUAAACUAGUAUGGGGGAAAAAAUUGGUUUCAUAUAAGUAAUCUUAUUCAUAUUGAAUGUAUUAACAUAACGGUGCAAAAGCAUUCUUCCCAAAGGAAGAAUGUAUCAUGCAUAAUUUCAACUUAAGUCCUUUAAAUAAAAUGCUUUAGAUACAGCACUGCAUAUUAAGUUUAUUGCUAAUAAAAUACUAGGAACAACUAAAAUGAACAUUAUCAACUGCUCGUUAGUACCUUUAUUGAAAUGUAGGCAGUGAAAUUUUUAAGAACCUUACAAGGUUUACAGAGUAUCUACUAAGGACUUGGGGUAGUUAAAAUCUCCAGAGAGUUACAGAUAACUACUAAGAAUGCCACCUAGUAUUGUUUGGUUGGACACCAAUUUAGUUUGCAUACAGAUAUUCAUUACAUAUUGUAUUAAAUAUUGAGACAUCUUUGAUGCCACUUAAGAAAAUGAUAACCAUUACAGAAGGGUAGUUUUAUUCACCUGUAUGCUUUCUAAUAUGGUGGGGGAGGGGGGGGUUGCUUUUGUUUCUUUGUAUUAUAUAGGCUUUUCCCCAAUUGAUAUUUAUAUGUGCUAAUUCUUAAUCUCUAGGUAUAAUUGUUAGAAUAAUUGAUUUUACAAUAAUCAGAUUGUUAUAUUCAUUGUGGUUUGCAUCCCCCAAAGUUAUUGUGAAUUUUUUUUUAAAUGAGAUAAUUAGCAAAAUAUAUGCAUGUGAAGGAAUUUAGAAAACUUUUCAACAUGCUUUUUUCUUUUUUAAAAAAUCUAGCCAAAUCUGUUUGCCAAGCACUGUAUGAGUCAGGCAAAGCAGUUUACCUUUUUUUUGUUGUUGUUGACUUACAGUAAAAUCCCAUUAUGCCAUAUGUAGGUAUUCUAUAGUUUCAGAUAUUAACUCAGAUCAUAUCCCAAGAAAGAACACGAUACAGCAAAAGUGAUUACACAGCUUUUAAAGUUAGGUGUCAGUAUUGGCCCCCCUCAUACCAGCAUUAUAAAGGGGUAUCACUGUACUUUCACCAUACUUUUUGUUUUCUUUACUAGUGAAAAUAUUACCAAACUAAGGAUGUAGAUAAUUUUAUGAAAGCAGCAUAAGAAAGUACUGUGUAAUUAGGUUUACUUGGCACUACUUAAAUUUAAAUAGAUUGUCACUUGCAAGGAUAAGUAAGUUUAAAUAUUGUAAAUUAAUUAAUAUUAAAAGUUCUUCAAUUUAAUACUUUGUUAACAUUGGGUGCAAUAAUUUAGUAGUUUAGCAUUAGUGAAAACAACUGGAUCUUUCUGCUGACAACUUAGGUUGUAUGAGUUAUGCUUAAAAGCUUUAAAUCUAAUGUUUCUUGUAUCUGCCACACAAUGUUAGAAUGUUACCUUCAAACAUCCUCCUGCAACUUCUCAAGCUGUACUAAAUUGAUAUACCUUGAAGUCUGACUCUGUGCUAACAGAACUUCAUUUUAAAUAGAAUAUGGUUUUAAUUUUUGAUAAGCUGCUGAAUUUUAAAGAAAGUUUUUUGGGGCCACCAAAUAUUUUGGAUCAUGCAGAGAAUAUAUAUUGUACUGUAGUAAUUUUGUAUUUACAUUUGUAUGAUGUGACAUAAUAGAUGUGAAUGUUAAUCACUGCUUGACUGUUAAUAAAGUUGUUUAAAUAUA